UACCUCCUCCUUGUCAAAAAACGACGAACCUGAAAAACCUCCUCAGCCUCAAGGUUCCCGGAGCUUCGUUGCAGAAUGGAUUCGGCCUCCAAAUUCCUUCGUAUUUUAUCCAAUGACAACAACAAGAACACCCUUAUCAACGUCUGUUUAGUCUUUUCCUUCGCGGCACUGAGCGCAAGGUCAAUCAAGCAGGAGAGACAAAUUGAAGCUCUGGAGGCCGAGAAAAAUUCACUUCUCGAUUCCAAUAAAGCGUUGAAGAAAACCAUGUGGGAUUGGAAGCAACAGCUAUUCGCCGAAGCCUCAACCCAAUCUGCUUUAGUCCCUCUUGCCAGGAUCAAAGCUAUCUAUGGCGAAGCUCCCAUUUCCCCUUCCGGAGCAGUAAAUGCCGCAACUGAAGAUGCAACUUCACGAAGCUCCAAACUUAUGGUUUAAUGUUAGGUUCACUCUAGUUUCUUAGGUUUUGUUUCCUUUGUUCACAAAUUGGCCGAAGAAUCAAACUCCAUUAAGAUUGCAUAUUUCUAUGCUCGAGGCUAAACAAAAAGUAGUGCAGGAUAUAAAGAAUUAGAUUUUUCUGUUUUACGCACGAAUGUAUUCUUAUCAACUUCGAAGUCAGAGAUCUUAUUCCCUCCUCCCACAUUCUCUCAAAAGGAAAUCAAAAGGAAAAAAGAAAAAUGUCUUUUUAGUUUGCCUAA